UCACAUUAUGGAAGGAACUUCUCGAACACUUCCUUACACCAUAAGAUUCAUUGGUCUACUUGGCAGUCAUUCUCUUGGUAGAAAUCCAAAGUUUAUGGCUACUACGGUAGAUUUAGGAAGAGAAUUGAUAAGGCGAAAGAUUAAACUUGCCUAUGGAGGAGGUAGUGUUGGCCUUCAAGGAGCUGUUGCUUCAACAGUCUUUAUUAAUGGUGAUCUCGUUAGAGGUUUCAUUCCUGGGUACAUAGCAACACGACGAGUCUAUGGACCUACGUACGGUGUAGAGCACAUAGUUUCCAGCAAUUACUACAAAUAUUUUGAGAUGAAUCAUGCCGUGGAAGCUUUCAUCAUUCUUCCCGGAGGAGUUUUACUUAUGGAAGGUUUGUUCACCUUGAUCUUGUGGGCUUCUGAAGGGUUACACAAUAGACCCAUUGGUCUUUUAAACAUUGGCGGUUAUUUCAAUAACCUUCUCAAAUUCUUAGACGAUGCGGUGAGGCAGAACUUCAUGGCUUCCAGUCAGAGGAAUCUUUUUAUUUCUUCUUUCUUUGUUAACGAGCUUUUAGACAAACUAGAGUUUGCUAAAGCUUUCCCGGGUCCUGGGGCUAGUUAUGACGAGUUUGCAAAUUCUGGGAGAUUAGAUUUGGAAUUGCAUUUGUAACAUUCCUCAUAUGAUCUAAGUUUUUUUUUGUUGAAAUGAUAUUAUCCAUAAAUAUUAUUCUAGGCUAUCCUGUUCCGAAAAUAUUUGGAAAAUAUAUACUCUAAAAUCCACCAAUUGAUUAUGAUCAUUGGAAAAAUGAUUUACCAUAAUAAAAAUGAUGUUUUUAACAAAUAAAAAUGUUGUGUGAUGCAUGACGGUAAGUUAGGGUGUUAACACCCGAAGCUAGGCCGCUAAUUGUUAUUAAAUAUUAUGUUGAUUGAUGAUUAUGGUAAUGAUUAUUGAUUGAUUAUUAUGAUGAUUGAAUCUUGAUGAAUAUUCUGAUUAAAAAUGAUAAUUGUGAAUGAUUAAAUCAUAAUGAAUAUAUUGAUGAUUGUGAAAAUAAAAUGUAUUGUUAAGG